GCCGCACGCGGAAGAAGACCCGGGAGAUACAAGGUGCCGGGGAGAUGCCGGGGCCCGGAGAAACACCGGAACCGGACGAGGCAUUGCUGGCGACCAUCCCGGAAACUGGCGGGACGGGGAUCGUUGGGGACUACAUCUGCAACUCGCUUGUGAAGGAGAAGUGGGACGAGUAGCAGGCACGCCGUAUGGAGGAGAUGUACAGGCGCGAGAUGCAGGAGGUGUUGGGCCCGGAACAGCAGUCGUUCGGGGCCGAGGUCGACGCCAGCGGGUCUUCGCAACCACUCCCAGACCUACGGCUAAGUAUGACCUCGUCCAUCGGGCAGAAGCCGAGUGAUGUGGAAGCAGUACCGAUGACGUACAAGGAUGUGAUGUGUUCCAAGUGCAAGGUUUUCUGGGAGGCGGCCAUGAAAAAAGAGAUAGAUGACCACGACAAGACUGGAACAUUUACCAAGGUCAAGGAGCUGCCCGAGGGGCGGAAGGCCAUAGGUUCAAAGUGGGUGUUCUCUUGGAAGGCGAAUGAGAAGUGCCUGAUCGACUUCAAGGCCCGUAUGGUUGCGAGGGGUUCUCUCAAAUCCCCGGCAUCGACUUCCACCACUCAUCCUCAGUGUGCCCGUCUGCAGCGUCUAUCACGACGGUGAUUGCCGUGGCCACUGAAAGGGCAAGAAACUCGCUCGCUGGGAUGUGAAGCAAGCGUACAUCCACGUUAGA